UUUUCCCAACAUCCUCGAGCUCAAUGUUGAGGAUGGCUAAAUCAAAUCUUAAAUUUAAACAAGAGGCAAUACAGAUUAUGUUAAAUUAUUCAGAAAUAUUAGGAAAUGUGAUUUAUACAUGUAGUUAAAGUACAAUGUUGAAUGUAUUAAACUUACUAGGCAUUGUGAUUACUUAUAUUCAUAUUUACUUUGUUUGCACAUUAUAGAUCUGAGUGACAGAGCCCCGGCACCAAACAAUUGCAAUGAGACAGAUUUCACUAAGACCAUGUUUCAAUGUAGAAGUUGCAAAGGGUGGUUUUCAGAAACUGAAGAAUAUGAAAGCCACCCUUGCAAAAAAGCUCCUGUCCAAUCACAUAGUGGAGCUACAGGUACAUCAAGUCUCACAGUCACUGAAACAUUACCAUCAUCAAGCGCUCCAGAGGCAGUCAGAGAAAAUGAAGGUAACUCCUGGACCAAAAAACAAACCCUAUCUUUGAUUGCAAGUUAUAAAACAUUUAAUGAAAAAGUAAAAUCAGGCACAAUGAGGAAGAAGGUCAUGUGGAGUAAAAUUGCGCAGUGUUUGAGAGACCAAGGCUACAACUUUACCCCAGAUCAAGUAGCAGGACGGUGGAAAACCAUUACAAGAGCUUACAAGAACACUAAAGAUCACAACAACAAAAGUGGAAACUCAAGAAAAAAAUAUGAAUAUGACACUGAACUUGAUGAAUUAAUGGGUGAUUGUCCAACUGUGAAUCCUCCACAUCUGCAAAGUUCCAGGAAAUCAGCUAGUCAAACAAUUGAAUCUGAAGAAUGCAGUGAUAUUGAUGUGGAAAGUCAGUCGCCACGAGAAAAAAACCCAAGAAAAUCCAAUUCUUCAGAAAUUUUGGAAUUUCUUCGACUACAUGCUGCACAGCAAAAGGAACGCCAAAAAGAGGAAGGCGCACGAAAAGAGAAAAUGCAUGCUGACAAGCUUUCCCUGCUUUCAAAUCUAGUGUCCGCUAUAAACAAAUCCAAACCUGACAAUUAA